UCCCUGGUUUUUACUGCACUGGUGGCUCAACCUCACCCGUUCAGAAUGAAGCAGAGAAGGGUUAUUAUACCUUGGAGGGGGCAGCCAGGCCACAACCAUGUCCUCUUGGCACUUUCCAGCCGCGUCGAGCUGCACAGUCAUGUGUGGAGUGUCAGGGAGGCAGACUGUGUAACCAGACAGGCUUGUCCCAGCCACCCCAGUGUCCCACAGGACAUUACUGUCCUCCAGGGACUGCUGUUGCUCGACCCUGUCCUCCAGGCUUUUACUCUGACCAGCCUGGUGGCGACGCUGUGCAGUACUGUCGGCCAUGUGAGGCUGGCAGGUUCUGCAGCCGAGCCGGUCUCUCUGACCCUCAGGGUCUCUGUGACCCAGGACACUUUUGCACCUCUGGAGCCUCCACUGCCUCUCCAGUGGCUGUGGCCUCUGGAGGUGUAUGUCCUGCAGGCUACGUCUGCCCACGAGGGACCAAGCUAUUACUGUUCAGGAGGGGCUGUGUCUCCAAUGCCCUCAGACAGAGUAACGGGGGACAUUUGUCCAAUUGGACACUACUGUCCCAUGGGCUCAACUUCUCCUGUAAUCUGCCCUGAUGGGACCUAUGCAAACACUACAGGGGCAGAAGAGUGUGAUGACUGCCUCUCAGGGACCUACUGCCUGUCAGGAGAAGGUGUCCAGCCCUGUCCAGCAGGACACUAUUGUCUUGGUGGCGGUGUUGAGGGCAUCCUGCCCUGUCCUCCUGGCACAUACAGCCCUCAUUAUGGCCUCAGCCAAGUGGAGCAGUGCCUCAUUUGUCCAGCAGGCUUCUACUGUGAGGACUGGGGUCUUUUUGAACCUACUGGACUCUGUCAAGCUGGUUAUUACUGCAUAGCAGGUGUGAACGUUCACAAUCCAGAUGGCAACUUCAGCACAGGAGUGGGAGGAGCCUGUCCAAAUGGAAACUAUUGUCCUGAGGGCACCAGUGUCCCACUGCCAUGUCCACCAGGGACCUACUCUAACAGCCUUCAUCUGACAGACACUCUUGAAUGUAGUCCGUGUCCAGCUGGUCAGUUCUGUGGCACCACAGGUCUCACUCGUCCAUCUGGACUGUGUCAGGCAGGAUAUUACUGUCCAGGGGGAGAUACGACAGCUACAGGCUCAGAAGGAGGUUCUUGCCCAGCAGCUCAUUACUGCCCUGAGGGGAGUGUGAGCUCAGUGCCCUGCCCAGCUGGGACAUACACCAACCUCACAGGCCAGUCAGUGUGUUCCCGCUGCCCUGCUGGCUACUACUGUCCAGAAAAGACUGGCAACUUCACCAAGUUCCCCUGCCCCCCUGGCUUCUAUUGCCCUGAUGGUACAAGGCAUGCCACCCAGUUCCCCUGUCCUCGUGGAUACUACAACCCAGAGCCCAUGACUCAGAGUCUGGAUAGCUGCCUGCCUUGUCCUCCAGGACACUACUGUGAGAAGGAGAGGCUGACCAAAGUGUCUGGAAAAUGCAAGGCUGGUUGGUUCUGCGUGUCAGCAGCAUGGAACUCCCAGCCCUUUGACCUGGACAAUUACACAAAUGCCAACUGUCUUUGUCCAGCUACAUCCACCGGGGGGCGCUGCCAAGUGGGCUUUUACUGCCCCUUAGGUAGCUCAGAGCCUGUGCCUUGUCCACCUGGAACCUUCUGUAACAUCUCAGGUUUGGCACUGCCGAUGGGCCCCUGCUUCCCUGGGUAUUACUGUGUAGAAGGAGCCACUGAGGCCAGACCAACAGAUGGAGAAACAGGCAGCAUUUGUCCACCUGGGGCAUACUGUGUGGAGGGCUCAGGAGAGCCAGAGUUGUGUCCAGCUGGUACUUUCUCCUCAGUGCCAGGUCUAACCAGUGAGGCUGGAUGCCAGCCAUGUACCGCAGGUUUCUACUGCAGAGGAGCAGGUCUCAGGGCUCCGACAGGACCCUGCAGCCAAGGCUACUGGUGCCCACCUGGUCAGACUGUGCCUACAGCUCUGCCGUGUCCUCCAGGUCACUUCUGCUCUCAGGGUAAUGGCGCUCCAGAGCCAUGUCCAUCAGGAACCUACCAGGACAGAGAGAAACAGGCAAGCUGCGCUGUCUGUGAGGCUGGUUACUACUGUGAUCUGAGACUAGCAAAUGUGUCUUUUCUGAGGCCCUGCCCUAAAGGACACUACUGCCCUGCUGGUACAGCCCUGCCCAACCAGCACCCCUGCCCCAGAGGCUCCUUCAACCCAACACUGCGCACACACAGCCUGGCAGGCUGCAGGCCUUGUGCUGCUGGACAGUACUGUCCUUCUGUGGGACUGUCAGAGCCGGCAGGAGCAUGCCAUGCUGGUUAUUGGUGCAGAGAGGGAUCAUCCUCUCCCAGCCCGCUGGAUGGACUCUCAGGUUCCCUGUGUCCCCCUGGUCGAUACUGCCCCUCAGGCACCACUGCUCCCGUGGCCUGCCCUGAAGGAAGCUGGUCAAACAGCUCAGGCCUGCAAACUCUGCAGGACUGCAGACCCUGUCUGGGAGGAUUUUACUGUGACUCUGCUGGCCUCACUAAACCUACUGGACCCUGCAGUGGAGGAUAUUAUUGUGUAGGGGGAGCCGUCACACCCACCCCUACUGAUGGCAUUAUAGGGGGACCUUGUCCUGAGGGUCACUCCUGCCCAGAGGGAACUGUUCAACCUGUGCCCUGUGAUCCAGGGACUUAUGUUGCUGUCACACAUGCUACUCAGUGUGAGCUCUGUUUGCCAGGCUGGUAUUGUGUGUCUGGCUCUCUAUACUUGUGUCCAGCAGGCUUUUACUGCCCUGAAGGAACUGGAUUUGACUUGAGAGGCUGUCCAGAGGGAACUUACGGUCCUGACCCCGGCUACUGGUCUGUCUCUCAGUGCAGGCAGUGUGACAGUGGCCAUUACUGCUCUUCCAGAAAUGGCACAGCUGUCACUGGAGCAUGUCAAGAAGGAUAUUACUGCUCACAUGGAAACACCUCUCCACAACCUCUUUCACAGGCUGCAGGUUAUUACUGUUCAGAGGGUUCUGUGGCUCCUCAGCAGUGCCCCGUGGGAACCAUCAAUGCAGAAGACGGCAGAGCCAGCUGCAGCGCCUGUCCUCAGGGAUUUUAUUGUCCUGGCACACAGAACGGUUCCCUGUCGAGGACUUAUGAGUGUCCAGUGGGUCAUUACUGUCCGUCUGGGACCGGUUCCAAACACCAGUACCCGUGUCCAGCUGGAUCCAUCAACCCCCACACUCAGAUGACACAACCCCGGGACUGCUUGCCCUGCCCUUCAGGCUCCUUCUGUUCAUCCCCUGGGAAGGGUGUUGCAUCAGGCCGGUGUGAUGCAGGGUACUACUGCCUCUCUGGGGCCUGGUCACCCGCACCAGAAGAAGGAGGGACGACAGGUGACAGAUGUCCCGAAGGUCAUUACUGUCCCCAGGGCUCCUCAGCACCACUGCCCUGUCCCAUCGGGCAUUACAGCAACAAAACAAGAAACAGUUAUCUCUCCGACUGCCUGCCUUGUCCUCCAGGUUUCCUGUGCGUCACCAGAGGGCUCUCUUUCCCUUCUCAUCUCUGUCCAGCUGGCUCUUACUGUCCAGGCAGAGAAAACAGCAGUGAGCACGCCUCCAUACCCUGCUCACCUGGAAACAUGUGCCCACCUGGAUCUGCUAGACAGGUAGCCUGCUGGCCAGGGACCUACCAGGGUUUACCUGGACAGGCAGAGUGUGUUAAAUGUCCGGCAGGAUUUUACUGUGCUGGCUCAGUGGAUGAUGACACUGGGCUUGUGUCUGGUACUCCCACUCCCACACUGUGUCCUAAAGGACACUUUUGCCCACCAGGAACGCAGUCUGGUUUAGCAUUCCCAUGCCCAGCUGGUGCCUUCAGCAGGCAGAUGGGGUUGUCCAAUAAGUCGGGCUGUGAGCUCUGCCCUCCAGGGAGAUAUUGCAGUUCCUCUGGACUGGCUGCUCCCACUGGGGUUUGCUCUCCUGGUUACCUCUGUAUCCACGGUUCUGUUUCUGCCCAGCCAGAGGAGGGCCCGACAGGAGGCCGCUGCUCCGCAGGGUCCUACUGCCCCCAGGGUACCAGCUAUAUGGUUCCUUGCCCUGCAGGCACCUUCAGCUCCAUAGACGGGGCAGUUUCUGGAGAAGCAUGUCAGUCCUGUUUGCCUGGCCAUUACUGCUCUGAGGUUGGCCUCUCCUCUCCAUCUGGGCCCUGCAGCCCAGGCUUCUACUGCCUGGAGGGAUCCAGAACGGCUACACCUUGGGGUAAUACCACAGUUUCAGGAGGUACUACAUCGCCAUCCCCACUUCCUGCCAAUUUAACCCUGGGUCAGAUCCAUGGUGGUGUGUGUCCUGCAGGCCACUUUUGUCCUAAAGGGAGUGCAAAGCCCAGCCCCUGUCCUCCAGGCACGUUCUUGGGGAGGGCUGCGGGUGAGUCGGAGGCUGACUGUGAGGCUUGUUACCCGGGUUUUUACUGCCCCUCAUGGGCUCAGACCUCUGCUGACCUCCUCUGUCCCCCAGGGUGGUUCUGUCCACCAGGAUCAGCGUCUGGACAUCAGCCAGUAUAUUACACCUCCCUGGAGAUUCUAUGAAAGGCAUCCUCGACCCUGUUUCGCCUUUCA